GGGCGGGCGGUGACGCACCGGCAGCCGGAAGUCGCGGCGCCUUCCGGUGGGACAGUGAGGUGGAAGCCGGGUCUGCCGCUGCGGGCUCCGCUGGCGAGGCGGGCCGGGUGUCGCGCGCGGGAGGCGCGGUAAUAGCGGGGAAGCGACGGCGCCGCCGCCAGCAUGAAGAAGCAAUUCAACCGCAUGAAGCAGCUGGCCAACCAGACGGUGGGCAGAGCUGAGAAAACUGAAGUCCUCAGUGAUGACCUGCUUCAGAUUGAGCGGCGUCUUGACAACGUGAGGUCCGUUUGCCACAAUUCCUGUAAGCGGCUCGUGAUGUGUUUGCAAGGACAGUAUGGAACUGAGGCUGAAAAGAGACACAAGAAGCUUCCCCUCACGACUUUCGCUCAGAACAUGCAGGAAGGUGCCCAGCAGCUCAGUGAGGAAACGCUCCUGGGGAAAAUGCUGGAGACUUGUGGAGAAGCGGAGAAUAGACUUGCAAUGGAGCUCUCUCACCACGAGAUGCAGGUUGAAAAGGAUGUUUUGGAACCACUGAAUCAACUCAGCGAGAUGGAAAUCCCCAAUAUUCAGAAACAGAGGAAGCAGCUUGCUAAGCUGGUCCUAGACUGGGACUCUGCAAGAGCUCGGUGGAACCAGGCCCACAAAACCUCAGCUACUAACUUCCAAGGGCUCCCAUCUAAGAUAGAUUCCCUCAAGGAGGAGAUGGAUGAAGCUGGAAAUAAAGUAGAGCAAUGCAAGGACCAACUUGCUGCAGAUAUGUAUAACUUCAUUUCCAAAGAAGGUGACUACGCAAGGCACUUUGUCUCGUUAUUAGAAGCUCAAGCAGAUUACCAUAGAAAAGCAUUAGCAGUCUUAGAAAAGGUGCUCCCUGAAAUCCAGGCCCAUCAAGACAAAUGGACUGAGAAACCAGCUUUCGGGACCCCCCUGGAGGAGCACCUCAAGCGUAGCGGCCGAGAAAUUGCUGUCCCCAUUGAGGCCUGCGUGAUGAUGCUCUUGGAAACAGGCAUGAAAGAGGAGGGCUUAUUCCGCAUUGCUGCUGGAGCCUCCAAGCUAAAGAAGCUAAAGGCAGCACUGGACUGCUCCUCCUCGCACCUGGAUGAGUUUUAUUCAGACCCUCAUGCUGUGGCUGGGGCUCUGAAGUCCUACCUGAGGGAGCUGCCGGAACCACUGAUGACCUAUGCCCUUUAUGAAGAGUGGACCCAGGUUGCAAACAUCCAGGACCAGGAUAAGAAACUGCAGGACCUGUGGAGGAUUUGCCAGAAAUUGCCAAAGCCUAACCUGGCCAACUUCAGGUAUUUAAUCAAAUUCCUUGCAAAACUCGCACAGUUUAGUGAUGUUAACAAGAUGACUCCUAGCAACAUUGCUAUCGUGCUGGGCCCAAAUUUGUUGUGGGCCAAGAAUGAAGGGUCUCUUGCAGAAAUGGCAGCAGCAACUUCAGUCCAUGUGGUCGCUGUUGUUGAACCCAUCAUCCAGCACGCGGCCUGGUUCUUUCCUGAAGAGCUGGAUUUCAAUGUGUCCGGAGCAUUUGUGGGGCAGCCGGCUGUGAACUCCAACCACCUUCCUGCAGGGAGUGACUAUGAUUCCGGGACCCUGGAGCGGAAGAGGCCGGUCAGCAUGGCUGUGAUGGAAGGGGAGCUCCUGAGGAAGGAAAGCUUUGGUGUCAAGGUUAUGGACUUCCAGGCAAACCCCCGGAGAGUUGGCACUGUGAAUAGAAAGCACACAGCCCCAGCUUUCCAGCCACCGCUUCCGCCCACGGAGGCUGGCCCGCUGGCCCUGGCCGCGGCGGAGCAGCACCCACAGGCCCCGGGGGCUGAGCCUGGCCUGGCGGGUGCUUCCUCUGCCUGCCUGCCUGGCUCAGCAGAGCAUUCUCACAGCCAAGGCACGGAGGACAGCAGCUCUUCCAAGCCAAAGGACUCGGUGCCCUCAACCACACCGCCACCCCCCAGAAAUGGAGGACCUGCUCAGCCUCUCAGCAGCGCCAGCCAGUACUCGGUUGGGCAGCCCCAGAGUACUGCUGGGCCCAGCCCACACGCCCUCAGGCGAGCCGUCAAAAAACCUGCACCAGCCCCUCCAAAGCCAGCAAACCCACCUCCAGGACAGCAAGGGACCCCGAAUCCCACUCCAGCCCCCAAGCCCCCCACAAGGAGCCCUUCUCCUCCCAGCCAGCAGUCAAACCAAGGGGGCGCUCAGCCUUCUGCUGCCCUGCCCCAGAUUUCUGCCCCCCGGCGAUACUCAAGCAGCCUCUCCCCGAUACAGGCUCCCAACCACCGCCCCCAGCCCCCUACGCAGUCCGUAACACCACCUCCGCAGACCAAGGCUGGUAGUUUUGGACCCUCCCCUUCUGGCCCAGAGGGUGGGUCAGAGCCGCUGUCGCCCACCCCACCACAUACCCCUACCCCGCCUGACACGCCCCCCCUGGAGAAGCACAGCACCACCUGCCCAUCCGCCCAGCCUUCGGCCCAGGACAUUCUACCGGCUCAGUCACCUCCUCCGUCUGGCACGCUACCGAGGCCCCGGCCAGUGCCCAGACCUCGCAACCGUCCCACGGUGCCCCCUCCGCCUCACCCUCCUGCUCCUCAUCUGUCUACAAACGGCUCUCUGCUGGGUCCUCCGACAACAGCGUCCCAUAUCGUGACCGGUAAGAACACUUUCAGCUCCACAGGCCUGGGCUUUGAUGGAGGAAUGCUCUCUCCCAGUGGGGACGGCCAAAGGAAGCCCCCCUCCAAAAGCAGCUACGGCUGUCGGCCAGCCCUCCAUGGUGGGAUUGCAGGGCCCAGUUUCUGUCCCUUGAGAUUAGCAAAGUCCAUGGACGAGAUAAUAAAGGCAGAUUAACUGGAUUCAUAUUAGUAGCUAGUCUACAGCAUCAUUUCAGAGAAGAAAUAGUGGACAUUUUUUUUUUUUAUUUACAUUUAUAUCCCGCCCUUCUCCGAAGACUCAGGGCGGCUUACAUUGUGUAAAGCAAUAGUCUCAUCCUAUUUGUAUAUUUAUAUACAAAGUCAACUUAUUGCAACAAUCUGGGUCCUCAUUUUACCUACCUUAUAAAGGAUGGAAGGCUGAGUCAACCUUGGGCCUGGUGGGACUCGAGCCUGCAGUAAUUGCAAGCAGCUGUGUUUAAUAACAGGCUGUCUUACAGCCUGAGCCACACCGCGGCCCUAUUGGAGUAAAUGUGGAAUACGUGAGCCCAUUUCAGUGUUCACAUCAAAGUUUUGGCUUCCUUUAACUGAACAACAAAGAAAUCCACAAAAUCCUAAUUUUGUGUUCUGGGCUUUUGCGUAUCAUCUUUUGCUAGUCCCCAUUCCUUCCCACCAACGCUAACAGUGCAGCCUUCCCUCUGAUUUUCCUCUGCCGUCAAAAUUAUUUUCCUUCACACUGAAGAACAUUCCAAGAUGUCAGGUUUCCUUCCUGUGUUGUUAUAGUGGCACAGCCAAUGAUCAGGAGGGACUUAGAUCAGGAAAGGCAGGUUUUAGCCAUUUUGCUCAUCUUUCCUUGCUGCCCAGACACUGGUGGCCUGGUGGCCUUUUCACGCAGGCUGCGUUCAGAAACAUUUGAGAAAAUCUCAACAUUGUUGUUCGUUAGAUGAUGGGAAGACUGGCUGAAUUUUAUCCUACUCAGAUUGUAGAUGGCAGACGGGGGGGAAUAGCCAUUUAUUCUUUGAUUUAAGCCCCGUCCCCUGCUAGCUAACAAAGUAAUUUUCCUGUUGGUGCAGCGCAUACAUGACUCGUUUAUUGCAGGUUGCAUCAAUAUUUACCAGCUCUUUUUAUUUCUUAAUCUGGAUUGGGCGCUUUUUAAUAACGCUUAAUGUUAAUUUUAAGCAGCAUAUUAGGACAAAGUCUUGACUUCUGGCAGAAUGAAACAGCGCAUGCCCAUCUCUUAAUUUUAGCAGAUUCUAACAUAUUGAUCUACAGAACCCUUGCAGACUUGUAAUGGCUACUGGAACAAAACAAGUUUCAGCUGCCAAAAUAACCCUUUGAAUCUUUAGGUUGUAAUAUAUCUACAAAUAAUAUUCUAAUUGAGAAUUUUAUUAAAUAAUCUAGAUGUUUGAGCUGCCUUAUUCAAUAGGAACUGAAAUUGGAAAUG